AUGGUCUUGAGAAAACCGCUUAAGGACUUCACUACUCCAUUGGGAUCAGGAGCCGGUGUUCCUAAAGACAAAAGGCCAUCGCCUGUCUCGGAUGUCGAAAUUCGAUUACAACGAGAGUUUCGGAUCCCAUUUGCCGAUCAAACGAACGUGGUGGGCAAUACUAAGCACUCUGCGUUGAGAGUGCCUGUGCGUGCUGCUAGAAAAGGUAUAUCUUAUCGAGAACUCGAACUGGAGGCGGACUUCCUGAGCCAAGCGGAGUACAUAACUACCUCCUUGAAAACCAAGAGAAAAGGUGCGCUCUUACCGAGGUCAAUCCUUAAUGGCAACAAACGCCAUGAGAUGGAGCUGAAACUUCGCAGGUCAUUUGCGAUUCCAUUAGCGGAUACUGUUGCUAGAGAAGCAUUUAGCGGUGCUCCCCCACCCCCCUUAGGAACUAGACGGAAGAUCGAGUUACCACCGCGCCCCUUACAUGAUCCGACUAGUGAAUUCGCUAUAGUACUAUACGAUCCGACUGUCGAUGUGUUUCCCACAACUGAAGGCGCCACUAGGAACGCAUCUGAAGAGACUACCACCAAUAUUGUGGAAAAGGACGAUACCGUCAGGAAGCGAAGACGGGAUAAAACCAUAGCUGAGAUUCUUGGCAUCCAAAAAACCCCGAAUAUGCCAAAAUCUCAUAUCAAAACACCGGUUGUGAUUGACCCCCGCCUUGGCCGAAUUCUUCGUCCCCAUCAAGUGGCUGGCGUGAAGUUUUUAUAUAGAUGCACCUCUGGGCUCGUUGAUCCAGUUGCUAAGGGUUGCAUCAUGGCAGACGAGAUGGGCUUGGGAAAAACCCUUCAAUGUCUCACUCUUAUGUGGACUCUACUUAAGCAAAGUCCUGAGGGAAAAAGAACCAUUGAAAAAUGCAUAAUUGUUUGCCCCUCGUCUCUUGUCAGAAAUUGGGCCAAUGAGAUUGUUAAAUGGCUCGGAGAGGGCAUUUUGACCCCCUUAGCUGUCGAUGGCAAAAGUUUGAAGUCAUCGGACCUUGGUAUGGCUCUUCAACAAUGGUCUGUGGCAUCGGGGCGUAAUAUUGUGCGUCCAGUGUUGAUUAUAUCAUACGAGACUCUUCGGCGUAACGUGGAUAAGCUCGCUGGAACCGAAGUCGGGCUUAUUUUGGCGGACGAAGGCCAUAGGCUCAAGAAUGGCGAUUCUCUCACAUUUAAUGCUCUAAACUCAUUACGCUGUGACCGACGAGUCAUUCUUAGUGGGACACCAAUUCAAAAUGACCUUUCGGAGUAUUAUUCGUUGCUCAAUUUUGCGAACCCAGGAUAUUUGGGGAGUAGGGCUGACUUCAGAAAGAAUUACGAAAAUGCAAUAUUAAGGGGGCGUGACGCCGAUGCCUCAGAAGCCGAGAGACAAAAAGGAGACUCUAAGUUGAACGAGUUAUCAAAACUUGUCUCGAAAUUCAUAAUCAGGAGGACAAAUGACAUUCUCUCCAAGUAUUUACCCGUGAAAUAUGAAUAUGUGGUUUUUGUUGGAUUCUCCGAGCUACAAAGAGCACUUUAUGAGCAUUUUGUCAAAACUGAGGCAAAUAUGUCGCUCAUCAGCUCUCAGCCUUUGAAAGCUAUUGAUCUACUAAAAAAAUUGUGCACCCAUCCGGAUCUACUCCGGCUUCCUGGGGAUAUCAAAAAUUGCGACUCUAUUUUAUCACAGUUCAAGAACGCAGAAGCAGCCCGCUCCAACAUCAUACAAACUUGGCUUAGUGCUAAGUUUUCUCUUUUGGAGCGCUUCAUUCGUAAAAUAAAAAGCGAAACAGAUGAUAAAAUUGUCAUCAUAUCAAACUACACUAAAACUCUCGACUUAAUCGAAAGGUUAUGCCGCAAUGAAAGAUAUGGCUGUUUACGACUAGAUGGAACGAUGAACAUCAAUAAAAGACAGAAGCUCGUGGACAGAUUCAAUGACCCCAGCGGGGCUGAAUUUAUCUUUUUGCUAUCCUCAAAAGCAGGUGGUUGUGGUAUUAACCUCAUUGGCGCUAAUAGGUUGAUCUUGGUAGAUCCAGAUUGGAACCCUGCCGCAGAUCAGCAAGCACUAGCUAGGGUUUGGAGAGAUGGACAAAAGAAGGACUGCUACAUAUACAGACUCAUUUGCACUGGCACCAUAGAAGAGAAAAUAUUUCAACGGCAAUCCAUGAAGCAAUCCCUAUCCUCGUGUGUGGUUGAUAAAAUGGAAGACGUUGAACGAGUAUUUAGUGGAGAAAAUCUAAGACUUCUUUUUGAGUAUCGACUGAACACAAAAUGCGAUACUCACGAAAGCUACAAUUGCAAGCGCUGCGACAGCCUUGGGGGUCAGACUGUGAAAGCUCCAGCAAUGUUAUACGGGGAUCCCACAACCUGGAAUCACUUGAACCACGAUGCCCUCGCCGAGAACGAGGAUUUCCUUCUCAGGAAUGAGGCCCUAUUUUCCGAUGUGACUUUCGCAUUUCAAUAUAUAUCGCAUUAA